AUGGUACUAGGCAAUGGUACACAAAUUUCAAAAUUUCUUCUUCUCGGAUUAUCAGAUGAACCAGAACAACAGCCUCUAAUAUUUGGGCUUUUCCUCUCCAUGUACCUGAUCACCAUGUUUGGAAACCUGCUCAUCAUCCUGGCUGUCAGCUCAGAUCCCUUCCUCCACACCCCCAUGUACUUCUUCCUCUCCAACCUGUCCUUUGUGGACAUCUGUUUCACCUCCACCACCAUCCCAAAGAUGCUGCUGAAUAUUCAAACUCAAAGCAAAGUCAUUACCUACGAAGGUUGCAUAGCCCAGAUGUAUUAUUUCCUUCUCUUUAUACAGUUGGACAUCUUUCUCCUGACAGUGAUGGCCUAUGAUCGGUUUGUGGCCAUCUGCCAUCCUCUGCGUUACACAGUCAUCAUGAAGCCUAUUCUCUGUGGAAUGCUGGUUCUCAUAUCCUGGGUGAUAGGUGCUCUGAACUCUUCAUUACAAAGCUUAAUGGUGUUGAGGUUGUCCUUCUCUACAGUCUUGGAAAUCCCCCACUUUUUCUGUGAAUUGAAACAAGUGAUCCAACAUGCCAGUGGUNAACUAAGGCUCCAGGAAGCUACGCACGAUGCUGAGUAA